CCCCCCCCACCCCCCACCGCCACCGUCGCCGACCGGAAGCGGAAGCGAAGCCAAGCUAAGCUUCCCUCUGCAUGCCUCGCCGCGGGCGGCAAAUGUGAGGAUUCGAAUCGGAGAUUUCCAUCCGUCUAUGCCAUGUCUGAUCACAGCAGCAGCGACGGGCAGAGGCAAUGCCGCCGCCGUGGCGUCGGCGUCGACGUCGAGCUCGACGCCGCCAUGGCGCUCGCGGACAUGGCCGGCGCCGCGCCCGGACAACCCGAGGCGUCGCCGCCGCCGCACGCCACUCAGGAGGCGGCGGCGGCGGCGGUGGCGAAGGGCGAGCAGGAGGACGAGGCGGAGAUGGCGAGCACGAGGCUGAGCCUCGAGCUGGGGAAGGUCGGAAUCCAGUCGUCGCCGCCAUGCUCCAGCAGCUCAAGCGCCGGCCACCCCGCGAUGCAGCCCGCCGCCGCGGCCACGGCGGCGCCGGGCUACGGCCCCAGGCCACGCCACAUGCUCACCGAGGCCGAGAAGGAGGCGAAGCGUCUCCGGCGAGUGCUCGCCAACCGGGAAUCCGCCCGGCAAACCAUCCUCCGCCGCCAGGCGAUCCGAGAUGAAUUGGCAAGAAAAGUUGCAGAUUUGUCGUCGCAGAACGAGACCAUGAAAAAGGAGAAGGACGUGGUGAUGCAGGAGUAUCUCUCACUGAAGGAGACAAACAAGCAGCUGAAAGAACAGGUGGCGAUCAGGACGAUCAAGAAGGCGGCCGUGGCGGAGCCGAUGGACACGGCGCCGCCGGCGCAGCAGCAAGCGGAGACGGCGGCGGCCGUGGCGCCGCCGACGACGGCCACCCCGCCGUCGACGGCGCCGCAGCCGAGCUUCCUGUACACCGCGGCGCCGGCGGGCGUGGCGCCGGUGCCGUACGUGUGGGGCUCGUGGCCGCCGUGCGGGCCGACGGGGUACGAGCCGCCGCCGCCGCUCUGCCUCCCGCCCUGCGCGUGGUACUACCCCGUCGUCGCCGAUCCGCGCGUGUCCUCGCCGCCGACGUCGACGUACCCGCAGUCGUACCAAGAACAGCCGACGAGCAGCCCUGGCGGCGGGACGGCCGAGGAGGACACCGACGACGACCCGUGCUCGCUGACACUCGCCAUCGACGUCGACAAGAGGAGCGCGCCUGGCGCCGGCGGCAGCGCGGCCGGAGCUGGACAGCACGCCUCCAUAAGCGACAGGGAGAAGGCGACGGCGGCGGCGGAGGCGAGGAAGCGGAGGAAGGAGCUGACCAAGCUGAAGCAGAUGCACGGCGGCGGCGGCGGCUCCCGUCCCGGCGGCGGAGGCGAGCACUGGUGAACCCUGAACAUCUCAUAACCACAACAACGGAACAAACAGACAGACAGACAGCAUUGGUGACAACGGUGAGGAAGAAGAUGAUGACUUUCGAUUGGUUUCUUGGAGGCAAACAACAGAAACAAAAAACUGAUAUAUAGUUUCCUUGCAUUUGUUCGAUCACGUUGCUACUAGCUAAGCUUACUCGAGUAUCGAUCCUUUUAAUUAGAGAUAGCUUAGGUUUUGCAUUCUGGUCAAAAGUCCUUAAUCAGGCACAGGAGCAAAUCAUCCUUCUUUUAAUUUUCUUUCUGUUUUUCUUGAUUCUUUGGUGCAACAAUCACAAUCUGUAACUGAGAGAAUUAGUAGCAGCAGGCAGUACUGGUUGGUUCGAUGAUCAUGUAGUAGCAAGCAUUGCACCGGAGUCGAUCGUGUGAAAUGAAACGAUUCUUUAUUAUAUGUACGUAGCCAGCAGCAGUAGAUCGAAUUUCUUUUGCACCCUUUA